CAGACGGACGGCGGAGAGGAGACAGGAGACGGACGGCGGAGCCAUGGGGGAACAGCCCAUCUUCACCACCAGAGCCCACGUCUUCCAGAUCGACCCAAGCACCAAGAAGAACUGGAUCCCGGCGAGCAAACAGGCCGUCACCGUGUCCUACUUCUAUGACAGCACGAGGAACAGCUACCGGGUCAUCAGCGUGGAUGGGGCUAGGGCCAUCAUCAACAGCACCAUCACGCCCAACAUGACUUUCACCAAAACCUCGCAGAAAUUUGGCCAGUGGGCCGACAGCAGAGCCAACACCGUGUUUGGCUUGGGCUUCUCCUCCGAGCCGCAGCUCACCAAGUUCGCGGAGAAAUUCCAGGAAGUCAAAGAGGCCGCCAAACUCGCCAGAGACAAAUCCCAAGAGAAGAUCGACACCUCCAACGUUCACUGCCAGGGCUCAGGCCAGCACAGUCCCCCGUCCGCCCGGGCAUCCAGCGUGAACGGCACCGACGACGAGAAGGCCUCCCACGGAGGGACUCCCGAUGCCCAGCUCAAAGCCGAGAACGACAAGCUCAAGCUCGCCCUCGCCCAGAGCUCCUGCAACGUGAAGAAAUGGGAAACGGAACUGCAGACCCUCAGGGAGAGCAACGCUCGACUGACCACGGCCCUGCAGGAGUCCGCCGCUGGCGUGGAGCAGUGGAAGAAGCAGUUCUCCAUCUGCAGGGAUGAGAACGAUCAACUCAGGAACAAGAUCGACGAGCUGGAGGAGCAGUGCGCUGAGCUGAACAAGGAGAAGGAGAGAAACUCGCAGCUGAGCCGGCGGCUCGAGGAGCUGGAAGCCGAACUCCAAGACAAGGAUAUGGAACUGGAAGAUCUCCGGAAACAAAGCGAAAUCAUCCCGCAGCUCAUGUCGGAGUGUGAGUCCGUGUCUGAGAAGUUGGAGGCGGCCGAGAAGGAAAACCGGAACCUGGAGGAGAAAGUGCAGUCGCUGAAGGCGGACAUCGAAGACAGCAAGCACAAGCAGAGCCAUCUCAAGGAGGAACUCAAGAACUUUCUGGAGUCGCUGGACGGGAAGAUCGACGAGCUGCAGGAUUUCCGGCGGGGGUUGUCCGCCCUGGGAUCGGAAGACUAG